AUAGUCGGGUAAAAUCAUACAGCGCCUCUUCCGUCCCCGGUUAUAACCACAAUAUUCGCCAUUUUGUGAUUGUGCGGCAUCGGCAAACCGAUGCCACAACACAAAAUACAAACAUGGAAAAUAUCAUAAUCCCCGAUAGUGAUGAGAGUGAUCAGGAAUUUGUGUCUCCCGAACUGUUUAGCGACAUGGACAAGGAGAGUUCAACAUCCAGCAUGUCAGUGAACGUGAAUUCACUGACUGACUCCAGUGUCGAUGAGUGCACAAUUCCACAAGACGUUCUAGACCAAGCCAGGAAAGCUGAGUCUAUCCUUAUACCACCAGGUUCAAAGCCAAUUUAUGAUCGAGCAUAUCAUAAGUUCCAAGCUUUUGUAAAGGAGAAACGAAUUAAAACGGUUAACGAGACAGUGCUAUUGGGGUAUUUCAAUCUGUUAAGAAGGCCCAAUGGAAUCGACCCAUGUCAAAAGGAUAAACCUGGCAUGGCACCAUCAUCAUUGUGGGCCAUUUAUUCCAUGUUGAAAUCUACUCUGCUUGCCUAUGACAAAAUUGAUAUCAGCAACUUUCACACUCUUUCGAGUUUUUUGUCCGCCAAUACGAAACAGUCGGAUCAUAUUAAGAAGAAGGCCAAAAUAUUCACCGAGGAGGAGCUAGCCAGAUUCUUGGAGAUAGCACCUGAUAAAGACUGGCUAGCAGUGAAGGUCGCAUGCAUCCUGGGUAUACACGGGUUUUGCAGACAACUGGAGCUUUAUAAGUUGACUCCUCAACACAUUGAGGAUCACCAGACAUGCCUCAAUGUCAAAUUGGUAAAGACCAAAAAUGGCUCCACUCGACCGUUCUCUCUUACUGGGCCCUUUUAUGAGAUUCUAAAGAAGUACAUUGCUUUGAGACCGACUGACUACAAGCAAAAACCCAACUUUUUCCUUCGAUACGCAACCGGUAAUGAGAAUCACAGACAUCUCAUGCCUUCCUAA